AUAGCAUUCUACUUAUAGCUACAACAAAAAAAUCAAAAUUGUAAUAAUUCCCAUAAUUAAUUUAUAUUAGUGCAUAAAUAUAAAUAAAGAAUAUUUCUUGUUUGCACCAAAAUAUUAUUAAAAAAUGUGGUCUUUAGCAAGUAUUCUGUUGUUUUUGGGUUUACUGAGUUUUGGAUUCGUUGAUGGAGAGCAAAAAGAAAAUGGUUUGAAAAUUCUUUCAAGGAAGAGACGAUAUGUGGCGUUUCCAGAAGGUUCGAGUUUUUCAUGCGCAGGCUGUAUGACGGUGGGUCUGAUAGGGCAGCCGGCGCCCUCUACCGCGCCGGGCACGUUCACCUUCGGGCUCAACUGGGGCAUCGCGUACGAGCUGCCCAAUAACACGGAGACGGCGUUGUUCUACCGCAGCAAGAAGCACAAGAAGCCAGUAGUAAUGCGUAGGAGCAGAAGAGAGUUGUAUGACAAGUUGGAGAUUAUUUUGGACAAUAUGGGCUACAACGGCCGGCAGUGUAUAUUGAAAACCCUUUGUGAGACGACCCAGCGGCUGGUCCCUCACGGCGGCAACAUGGUUGAAGAAAUAUUUAGGACAAUGUUUACGUUGCCAAUGGCAAAGGUCCUGCCUAUAGAACCAAUGGAACAUGCGAUAUAUGAUGCAGCACACCGAUUGGGGGUCCUCAUGGAGUCAUGUGACCAGUUUCAAUGUCCUCUGUCCUUGGUUGACUUAGCCAAAGGCUACUAUAAUGCUCCUGCCCCUACAUUAGAUGUUGCUAAAAAUCCCUGGGCAUUGUUUAGUAGCAGAUUUGGUUAGAUAUAAAAAUCAACUAGUUGUAUCAUAUGAUUUUAUCUGUCCUAGUAUAAAAUAAGCCGCUUACUGAGUCCUC